AUGCUUUGUGAAGACACUGUACUAGUGCACUAUGAUCCCUCCCUUGAGAUUGGUCUAUCUUGCGAUGCAUCAAAUGUCGGAGUGGGUGCAGUUCUUUUUCACCGUUAUCCGGAUGGAGACGAGAGACCAAUCGCGAACGUUUCAAAAACGCAUACAGAUGCUCAGCGACGUUAUAGUCAAAUUCAGAAAGAGGCCCUAGCUAUUGUCUAUGGACUUAAAAAGUUUCACCAGUUUCUCUACGGCAGAAAAUUUAUUCUUGUCACGGAUCAUAAGCCACUUGAAGCAUUGUUUGGUCCGAACAAACCUAUUCCUGUUAUGGCGGCUAACCGAUUGGCGCGAUGGGCGUUGAUGUUGUCCCAGUACAGUGGGUACACUAUUGAAUAUCGCAAGACAACAGAACAUGGGAACGCCGAUGCCUUGAGCAGACUCCCAGUAGGUCCUGAUGAUGAGUUCGACAGGGAAGAAGGAUCAGAUGAUACAGACGUGGUGUGCACGAUUAAGAUGAUUAGUCAAAAAAUGAAACCACUUGACGCCGAUUUGGUGAAGAAAGAAUCAGCAAAAGAUCCCGUCCUAGCAAAUGUUAUGCGAUACGUUCGAGAAGGUUGGCCAACUAACAAUAAGCUGUUAGAAGAUACAAGUCAUGGCUAUUCAGUAAAAGAUUUCCAAAAAGCCGCUGAUUCUCUAUCCGUGGUGAAUGGUUGCCUCAUAUAUGGUUCAAGAGUGGUGAUACCACGGAGUCUGCAGCGACAAGUGCUAAAGCUACUACACAUUGGCUAUUGUGGUAUACAACAAAUGAAGCAACUAGCUCGUACAGCCGUCUACUUGCCACGCAUUGAUGAGGACAUACGAGAACAAGGCAGACAGUGCCAACCAUGCGUGGAACAUCAAAACAAGCCCGAGAAAUCAGCCAACCAUCCAUGGAUGCUUCCCGAGCGACCUUGGAGCAGAGUACACAUUGAUCAUGCCAUCAAUUUUCUUGGGUCAAACUGGUUGGUGAUGGUAGAUGCAUACUCUAAAUACCCGUGUAUUCAUCCAACAACGUCCGUGUCGACAAAGGCAACGACAGAGCUGCUAGAGGAGGAUUUCGCCCAUUUCGGUUAUCCUCACACAAUUGUAUCAGAUAACGCAACAGCUUUCAAGUCAGCAGAAUUUCGGGAGUGGUGCCAAGAGCGAGGUAUUGUGCAUCUCACAGGAGCACCCUACCACCCAGCAACCAAUGGGGCUGCAGAACGUCUGAUCCAGACAGCUAAACAAUCCAUGAGGAAGUCUUCGAAACCACCUAAAGCUGCCUUGCAAGAAUUUCUGAUGCAGUACAGACGUACGCCGUUGGAGUUGGGAUAUUCACCAAGCGAACUGCUAAAUGGUCGGCAGAUUCGUUGCAAGAUUGAUACUCUUCUUCCGUCACACGCACAUGCAGCUCAGGGUAAACAAGCAAAGCAGGCAACGAAGUCUCAAGAAGCCGAGAAACCAGCCGAAGUUACCCAAAUCCGAGCAACACCAAAGUAUGAAGUGGGUACGAGAUGUUAUGCUUUAUAUUAUGGCCCAAGGCGAGAGAAAGAAGCGCGUUGGGUUCCCGCAAUUGUGGUUAAAGUAUUUGGAACACGCAGCGUUAAUGUUCGAGUGCAGCCUAAAGGUCUCGUAUGGCGCAGACAUGUAGAGCAGCUUCGACCGUGGUACGUAAACCCGGACGAAGAUGCUGAGCCUGCAGAACAGCCCAGAGAAGCAAUUGCCGAGAAAAUAGUGAAUCAGAAUCCAGUGAUGUCCCGUGAGAGAAAGUCCUCUACGGCCGGAAAGAAGGACAAUCCUGUACAUCUAUCUACUACGAACAAUGGUAGAGAUCUGCCCAGACGUUCAGAACGACUGAAGGCUAAGAAACAAUCCGCUCCUUCAUAG